AUUAAUAUAUUUUAUGAUAUAGCGCAGGAAUUCAAAUUUUCAUUUAACAUAAACAGACAAACGUCUUUGCCGCACAUGGCCCUACUGCGAGCAGCACUGACUAUGGCAACAGCAGCCUAUUUUGAGAUGACAGUAUCGGGGGCUAUGCCACCACAGCCGCAGGAUAAUCUACGCACAUUUCUCAAGCAUUUGUAUGCCGAGUGCGUCUAUCGCUACCAGAAUGACACGGCCACAGCCCAACUGGCAACAGAGCCUGACGAUGGUGGGCUGCUGCUGGAGACAUACACAAUGAUACCGCGCUACUUGGAGCAGGCGGUGCUCAAUGAGGGCACCAUUGAUAUGCAGGAUGUGGAUGAGGAGGCGGCCAGCGAGAACGAGCUCUAUGCCACGGUUCUAUCGGCAACAAUGGCAACAAAUCACCAUUCACAUAAUACAAGUGAAAUGGAAACCCUCUAUUGUCCCGUGAAUUUUGAUGGCUAUCUGUGCUGGCCACGAACACCAGCUGGCACCGUAUUGAGUCAAUACUGUCCCGACUUCGUUGAGGGUUUUAAUAGCAAGUUUUUGGCACACAAAACGUGCUUGGAGACUGGUUCAUGGUUCCGGCAUCCGGUUAGCAAUCAGACCUGGUCCAACUAUACCAACUGUGUGGACUAUGAGGAUUUUCAGUUUCGGCAAUUUGUGAACGAGCUGUAUGUGAAGGGCUAUGCACUGUCGCUUCUGGCGCUGUUCAUAUCGAUUGUCAUAUUUCUCGGCUUUAAAUCCUUGCGCUGCACUCGCAUCAGGAUACAUGUGCAUCUGUUUGCAUCCCUGGCCUGCACAUGCAUCGCCUGGAUACUCUGGUACCGUCUGGUCGUUGAGCAUACCGAGCAAAUAGCCGAGAAUCCGCCCUGGUGCAUUGCACUCCACUUGGUGGUGCAUUAUUUUAUGCUUGUCAACUACUUUUGGAUGUUCUGCGAGGGUUUGCAUCUGCACUUGGUUCUGGUUGUGGUCUUUGUCAAGGACACGAUUGUGAUGCGCUGGUUCAAGCUGCUCAGCUGGCUGUUACCUCUCCUGUUUGUACUACCCUAUGGCGUUGCCAGACAUUUCAGUGCCAACGACAAUGCUCACUGCUGGAUGAAUGACAGUUUCUACUUGUGGAUCUUCUCGGUGCCCAUUACCCUCUCGCUGCUGGCCAGUUUCAUCUUUCUUAUCAACGUGCUGCGGGUGAUUGUGCGCAAGUUGCAUCCACAAUCGGCACAGCCAGCACCGCUGGCCAUACGCAAGGCGGUGCGUGCCACAAUUAUUUUGGUGCCACUUUUCGGGCUGCAGCACUUUCUGCUGCCCUAUAGACCCGACGCUGGCACCCAGCUGGAUCGAUUCUAUCAGCUGUUGUCGGUGGUGCUGGUCAGCCUGCAGGGCUUCGUUGUCUCAUUUCUGUUCUGUUUCGCCAAUCAUGAUGUGACCUUUGCCAUGCGUACUCUGUUGAACAAGUUGAUGCCCACCUUGGUUGCACCGCCGCCGGCCGGGAGUAAUACUGGACAAUUGGCAACAACCACGCCGAGUCGCGAGCUGGGCGUCUAAACAAAGGCACUGCACCGUGCAGACCCUGGAAAUGGCCCAGCUGCGCUUCUAAGUACCAACACGUUAGACCAGUGAGAUCCAAGGCGAUGCCGCUUGGCGCAUGCUGAACUCCAGAUGGUAUUGCAGGCAUAUCAACAUUAGAACGGCAACCACAGAUUGUUUGUACUUAAUGUCUUGUCUAUUAUCCAUAUAAAUGUAGCUAUACCCAUUGUUUUCCUAAUUUUAUUCUAGCAGUAGUACAUUUUUUUUUAAUAGAUUUUCCAAAACUUAGAGAUUCACGAAAAUUCGCAUACGUACUCCAUGUACCUACAUGACAAAUGUUUGUGCCAACAAAGAUUGCAAAAUAUAUAUACACAAUAUAAAAGCUAUAUAUAUUUAUACACAUAUAAUCGAGUGUUAUUUAAACAUAUUUAUAUAUAUUUGUCUAUUAUCAGCAGGCAUGUUCCAAAAUCCAUUACGUAUUUCCUUCGGGUUCCUUUUGAAGGGCAACCGGCUCCCAAAAGCAUGCUAUAAAAAUUUGAUUUCUCUGUAAUGUGCAUUUUUGGAACAUGCAGAUACAGCAUGUUAAUUGUAUUUAUUUAUUAUAAUACUUACAUAUUUACUCAAUCAAGAUACAAAUUUUAAAAGUAUUUACUGGAAAUAAACGAUGUUAUCAGCAAA